CCUGGCCAGAGUCGUCUCAUUCGAGUGGCCCGACUCGGACAGAGCUGUUGACUCUGAUCGCAAUAAGAUAUUUCGUUGUACAGGUGUUUUUUUCCCUCUCCUUGCAGUGUGUUUUCUGUGAAGACCAUUUCGAAAAGAACAAAACAAUCAAACAACAAAACAAAAAGGACUUAAAAUUCGACAGUGGACCCAAUCGUGUGACCUUUCUGGAUUUCGGUUUUUAAUUUCACUAUUUACUGCCAAUUUGAGAUCAAAGAUGUCGCGGCACUCGUAUCAUCGCGAUUCGCCUUUAACGAACUCUUCUUUGAGGAAGACGAUGUCAUUUGACAAUACAUCGAGUGAAUUCUCGCAACAGAGCGUCGUCUUUGCGAUGGAAAAGUUUUCUCGAGCCGUGGCCAAUAUGGACGAAACUGUGAUGGUGCCCUGUAAGCUGAUGGAUGUUCCAGUGGGCAGCGAUCCGGAGUUGGACACUCGCGUCCCUCGCCGCUCUCGGUCCAUGAUCCGCGACAUGCAAUCAGCCGAUUUGCACAGUCUCUACACGAUGCUCAACUCAUUGAAAAACGAAUUAAUCUGGGGCAGCCGUACGGCCACAGACAACAUCAACAACCAAAGCAGCAACAACAACAGUCAACGUAAAGUUCGACGACCGUCUGUCAAUUCCAUGACGUCGAUGGCAUCUUCUUCCUCUUCAACAGCGUCAUCGUCUUCUUCGUCUUCUUCAUCGUCAUCAUCUUCUUCAUCUUCUUCGUCGUCAUCGUCAUCUGGUGCGGGAACCAGUUACAGCGAUAGCGACUCUGAGUCGGGUCUGAUGGAUCACGAGAGCACGGAAGACUCCGGAGUCGAAGCGGAACGCGAACCGGACGGUGAGGAGUGCGUCGAGCGGAUGGCCGAUCAAUUCCGCCGGCACUUGCUCGGUCUACACCAGUGUUUGGAACACAUGGCCGAUGCCGCCAACUAUCUCACCCACCGCUACCAAGUCGAAAUCGGAAGUGCCGAUUGAUAAACCGUAGUCUGCCUUUUCGAAUUUGACGGCGUUUUCCAAAAUGCGUUUCUCCAUCUCUCUCUCUUUCUCAAACAAUUAUUAAAAAGAUAAAAAAAAAAGGAAAAAAAGACAAAAAAAAAAAAUGUACAUGAUUAUUUCCGCUUACUCUCUCUCUCUCCUCCCCCCCCUUUAAAGAAAACUUUUCUCUUUUUCUCGUGUACUCUUUAUCAAUUUUUUCAAUAUUAGGAAAAAGGGGAAUUCAAAAAAAUCUGAGAGGAAAUUAACCAAAGUAGUGCGUGUGUGUGAGCGUGUGUGUGUGUGUGUGUGUGUUUAACAAUGUUUUUUUCUUUAACUUCCUUUUUUUUUAAUAUUAAAUAUUGGUCCAUUGGUUUAUUUUUUGCGACGCGAUUCCGAAUUCGAGUAAUGUUCCGCAAGAGACUUAAGAGAAUGUGGGUAAAGAUUGAAUGAAUGUACGAGUGUUUGCGAAGCGUUUUUUUUUUUUUUCAAUUCAUCCGGCGGAGGGGAAAUAUAUCUAUGAAAAGAACUGAACAAUUAAAUAACUUUGAAAUCUCCCUCCACUAUUUCCAAAAAUUUUGAAAACAGCAAAAAUAGUAUGUUUUGUCUUCAUUUUUCUUUUGUUGUGUUAGCGCACCUUCGGCUUCAAUUCCGAAAAUAAAAGGUGACGCACCACGUCAUUUUGAUUUGCUCACGCGUGUCGAUGGAUCACGUCAUAGGCCAGAUUUUUCGAGUAGGGAGAUGGGAGGGAGGGAAGAGAUUAAAAAAAAAAACCAACAAGAAGUAACGAAAUAUUUGCCUUGUCCAUGUUUUUAUUUCACUUAUAUAGCACUGCUGAAAAUAAUUAUAUAUAUAUAUAUUUACCAAAAUUUCAUUUGGUGCUGUUGCGCAAUUUCAUGGCUUCAACGUUAUAGCGCACAUACAGGCCCCCUCCCCCUUUGUGACGAUGAUUUUGCAUAGUUUCCAUUCUUUUUUUCAAUUUCUUGUAGCAUAUUUAGCCUAGCUAAAAAAAAACAAAUUGAAACCCGAUGAGAAUUAUAUAAUAAAUAUAUAUAUUCAAAGG